UUGACACUUCACCACAACACACACAUUGUGGUUCAAAUAAGCCUGCUGCAUUUCCACAAUAUGGCCUGUAAUGGACCCAUCAUCCCUCCAACGAUUUAACAGGUCGUGUGAAUCUAGCCGUGUGGGGUGUGUUUCGAUGUUUUUUCCUUUCCUGUCGACUUGUACAAGUGUUUGCAAGUCUCCUCAUUGCAUGGAGGAGAUAGGCUGUGUUUCUUUGUGGUUGUCUUCUGACUACACCUCUGCUGCUCUCAAAAGUUCCAACUCUUCCUGAUCAGAGACGACGCAGUCUUGUGUUCGCUACUGUUGGAGAACAAACAAACACAAUCAUCUCUCACUGAGCCUGUUGGAGGAAACUGCCUUCAAAAUCAAAACGUAAAAUGUGGAGGCUUUUCAUUUUUGCUAGCUUGUAUGCUGCGUAUGUGGAGGGUGAAACGCACUACGUACAGACCGGGAAAGACAUAAAGAUUAAAUGUGGUGAUAGAAGCGAUGUAGUGGAGAUGGUUUGGAAGCAUGACAACACUCUCAUUUUUAGUAUGAACAAUAAAAGUGGGAAAAGACGCAAAGGAACUACUGGAGUUGCAAAACGAGCAAGUUCUCAGGGGAAUGAUCUACGCUUAGAUAAUGUUCAGUCUGGAGACAAAGGAACAUACACAUGUACAACAACUGACCGCUCAGGAAAGGAUACCAUAACUAAUCACCAGCUGGAAAUAGUAAAUGUGUUGGUCUCAGUCAACCCUCCGAGUCCCUUACUGCUGGACAGCAGUGCAAGACUAGAAUGUGCUGUCGAGGGACUACCCAACCCAGAGAUCAACUGGAACGCCGCUGGAACUGAAAAAGGAACUGGAACUGUGUCACUAGCCAUGGUGAAACCUUCUGACGGUGGAAAAUGGACAUGCGUGGCUAAAGCACAGGGCAUGUCCUUUGAGGCUUCUCUGGAUGUUCACGUCUUAGGAAUGUCAGGCGCACCUGAUCCUGUAAUUGUCCAGCAAGGUUCAUCUGCUCCCCUGCCCUGCUCUCUGUCUACAUCCAUGGGCUCCCUGCAUGUGGUGGGAGGAGGGUGGAGACGCAUGCCACCAGCCAGUGCUGGCCCCCACCUGCCUUCUCUGAAUGGCACAACAGGGCUUUCCUGGAACAGUAGAGGCACAGAUGAAUCUAAAGUGCAAUUCCCAAAGGGCACGCUUGGAACGGACCUCACCAUCACGCUGUUGAAAGUCAAGGCAGAUCAGGCAGGCCAGUACGAGUGCUACAUGGAGUUUGAGGGCAGAGGGACUCUGAAGGCAGAGGUGACUCUCGAGGUCACUGGAGGAGGAGGAAGUGCUUCCGGUGGUGACUCAGCACCACAGCCUGGUGCCCCAUCCACUAACCCAGGGAAGCCCACUCCCCCCUGGCUGGGUAACAUGUGGAUCUGGUUAGGGGUUGGGGCAGGAAGCCUGGUCCUCAUCAUGCUUCUGGUCGCUGUGGUCCUCAUCUCCCAGAGCAACAAACGGGAAAAGAGGCGUCUGAGAAAACUCAGGUCGGUCAGGAAGCCACUGACUGCCAAUGACUACUGCCAAUGCAACCGACAGCCUGACGGGGCGGGAGCCAUGAACCGAGCCGCGCGUGGCGGCCUACAGAGGCCUCAUGUGCCUGACAACAUCCGCAUCAAUGGAGGCCACGGAGGAGGACGACCACACGUAUGAAGCCAGCCAAGCAGACAAUACAGAAAAUGAGUCGUUGCAUGCUCUGUGUGUGUGUGUGUGUGUGUGUGUGUGUGUGUGUGUGUGUGUGUGUGUGUGUGUGUGUGUGUGUGUGUGUGUGUGUGUGUGUGUGUGUGUGUGUCUGUGUGUGUCUGUGUGUGUCUGUGUGUGUGUGCGUUCACGCGUGGGUGUACAGAGAGACAGAGAAAGAGAGAGAGAAAGUGUGUACGUAUAUCAAGAGCCAGGACAAAGUCAUCUGAAAGGGCUCCCCAUCCAAAGCUUUGUCCCCCCCUGUCAGCUUCCUUGUAUAGGUAUUCAUUGUGUGUGUGUG